GCCCACACUCGCAUGGCACUUUCGGGGGGCUGCGCUGUAGCGCACCGGGCUAUGGGCACGUACUGGAGACACCGUGCGCUUAACCGCAUAACACGGUGCCUGACCAGUAAUGCGCUGCUUUUAAUAAGCACGAGGAGUGAGCUCAGGUCUGCUACCUGGCUUAGCCCCACACCUCGUCUGCCCCCCCAAAAAAAUGUUUUGGGGAUGCCUCUCGUACCUGUCGCGCUGCCUCCUCAUAUCGCCGCCGCUCAGCUUUCGCUGCCUCCAGCUCUGCUUUGGGGCGGCGAUAUUCCCCAGCCUGUGCCCAGGGUCCCUCUCCGUUCAGUAUCUCCUCCCAUGUCCAGGAGUCCUGUGAUGCUGGCCGCUGUUGUUGCUGCUGCUGCUGCUGCUGCUGUUGUCGCUGUCUUUUACCACGCCGCUUGGUCCUUGGGUGAUUCUGUCACGGUCGUCCUCCUCUUCAGAUGAAGAGGAGGACGACCGUGACACAAGCACAGAUAAGACACAUGGAAAUGUAUUUCCUUCGGCAUUAAUAAUGCAAACACAUUUAUUGUUUUGUGACACGGCAUCAGUGAGAUUCAAACCUAUAGUCUUCUGUUCUCUAUCCAUGUAAUUAGUCCACUUCACCAUCAGGAUGAAGCUGGCAUACCAUGUUUUUUUACACAUACAAAUCUGUUUAUUUUAGUCUAUUCAAACAGACCCAGUUUCAAAGGAAACAAGCACUCAUUAAGAUCAGGUGUAGCCAAUUAGUGGGCAUGGCCAACAAACCUGAACACACUUAACAAGAUAGAGGAUAGAGAGUUUUGUUGAUGCUGAGAACGGAAUGUAUAUGUUUUUAAAUAAUAUUCUUAGACUGUUCUCUGAACAUUACUAAUGUAAUUUCUUGUGGUUUUCUUAACGUCCUCGGAACAAUUUGAGAACAUGACUUUAAAUAGAACUAUGAAGAAACCUGGAAAUGUUAUGCUGAAGUAGCAAAAUUCCCAAAGACAAACAUUGCUCUUUGUCACGAUUUAGUCGGCUUCUCUCUGACGAAGAGGAGUAGUAUGAAGGAUCGGAGGACCAAAACGCAGCAUGGUAAGUGUUCAUGUUUUUUUAAUGAAUAACGAACACUGAAAAAAACAAUAAACGUGAAGUAAAUCAAACCGAAACGGAAAAUAAACACCAUGUUAGUGUCUGUGCCACACAGGCUACUUAGGUAGGAAACCAGGGGCCUGUUGCACAAAAGUAGAAUUAAGACAUCCGGGAUAAAUGACUCAGCUGAGCUCAAUGAAGCCAAAACAUGUGCGUCCAGGCUUAAUUGGUUGCACAAAGACCAAGCCAGGAUGAGCAGACACGGAUUCAUUAAGCCAGGUGAAACCAAUCCUGGAUAGGUGCGCGCUCACGGCUCACUCAAAUAGACCCCGCCACAGAUCACAGAUUAACUGAUUUACCAUGGCAACUAGAGCCGCGUACUUUUCCCCGUCGGAAGCACAAAUCCUCAUGGAGGCAUACGAGGAGGUAAAAUAUAUAAUUAAGAAGAAAGGCAACACCGCCACAGUGAUAAAGCAAAGAGAAAAAGCGUGGCAAAGUAUUGCAGACCGCCUGAAUGCAUUAAACAUGAACGGGCCAAAACGGACAUGGCAGCAGGUCAAAAUCAAAUACAAGAACAUUCUGCAGAAUGCAGUGAAAAAGAAUACCCACAGACAAGGCACGGGUGGUGGGUCACCAAAGGCUGACCUUACCCCAGCAGAGGACAUGGCCUUGGAGCUAAAUAAAGGCAGGCCCGUCUUAGAGGGGAUCCCUGGGGGGGAAAGAGACGAGCAUAGGUUCCUCCCAAGAUGCCACCCGCUUCAUUCAAGCACUGUGUUCCUGUUAGAGCCACCAGCACAAGCACCAGACGAUGCUGAUCCAGGUGAAGGCCCCAGUGCAGCUGCAACAGCACAUGAUGGAGACGAUGAUGAUGAGGAGGAGACCAUCUCUCUGGAUUCCAGAAGGCAUGAGGACCCAGAUGCUAUACAGUGGGAAAACCAGCCUGGCAAAACAAGCUCACAAGCUAUCAGAAAGUUGUAUGGCAACCACCUCCGGCGCCAAAUAGAACUGGCAGACAUAGACAUUCAGUACAAGAAGAAAAAGAUGGAAAAUCUUGCACUGGAGUCCGAAAUAAAAAAGAGGACAAUUAGGAAACUGGACUUUGAAAUAAAAAAACUUGAGAGGGAGCUCCAAGAAGAUGACACAGCUCAAAAUAAAAAUUAGGUAUAUUCUCGUAAAGUCAAGUGAGCCAUGACAUAUGAGCUCUUAUUGUGAGCACACAGGACGGUGGCAUCUUUCUAAGGUUUUUUUAUUUUCCCAGCAAUCAGUACAACCAAGUCAUCGUUAUAAGGCAUCGCCCUCUUUUGCCCACCCCCCAGCACCAGGUGUGGCCACUAGCCUAUAUGAAGGC